UCUUACAGCUGACACUCCCUUGAUCGUUACCAUUCUGGCCUUCCCAUAAAACCUAGCUAAGAGCAACGGCGCAUUUUUUGUCGGAAGCAACCUCUCUUUGAUUAUCAGUACGCGCACGGAAGCCAAUGUCAUGCCUAGUCCGCCGAGCCGUUUUGAAUCUCCGAUCAAACCUCACCGGAACUCGUCACCUCUGGACUGCCGGUUCUAACGCCACCGGACUCUAUGGUUUUCAUCAAUUGAAGUCUCCUCAAGGCUUUCAACGUUUCGUCGACGAUGCUAUCGAAAGGUCAGGGGAACUUGUUGAUUACAUAGCUGGAAUGCCAUCUUCGAAAGAAAUUUUGCAGGCGAUGGACGAGAUAUCGGAUACAGUCUGUACGGUUCUUGAUUCUACAACACUCUGCAGGCAAACUCAUCCGGACAGGUUACUCAUAGUUGGAAUUUGUUCAAGAGGCAACAAAGGCAUCAAUGAGAAUGAACGAAUAUCUACAUGUGAGUUACUAAACACGAACCGGAACCUAUACAAUGCUGUGGCAAAAGCUGAGCAAGAUAAAUCUCUGCCUACUGAGGAAGAUAAGAGGGCUGCCUAUCACCUGCGGUUUGACUUUGAGAAGGGUGGAGUUCAUCUAUGUAGUGACAAAUUGGAUAGAGUUAACAAGCUAAAUGGGGAUAUUGCUCAACUCUGUAUGGAGUUUAGUGAAAAUAUAGACAAUGAUCCAGGUCAUGUGGACGUUCCAGCGUCAGUUAUACCAAAACAUCUGCACCAUCUAGUGAAACCAAUCAAAAGAUACAAAUCAUUGGGGUCCACCAGUAGACACAAGGAGAAGGAAUUUCGGAUAGUUACUGAGCAGAAUACUCUGCACUCAAUUCUGCAACAUGUACCUGAUGAUAAGGUUAGGAAGAUUGCAUACGCCCGAGGAAAUUCUGUCCCACAUGCAAACCUUGCUGUUCUCGAUAAGCUCAUAGCUGCCCGCCAUGAGCUUGCUCAGAUUGUCGGCUAUAAAUCGUAUGCGGAAUAUUGUAUGCAGUUGAAUUUGUCUUCGAGCCCUAAUGCUGUUUUUAAUUUUCUUCUUGAGAUGAGCGAAAUGGUGAGGCCCAUGGCCGAUGAGGAGUUCGAGGCUAUCUGGAAUUUUAAAAAAGAAAAAUUCGGUCAAGAUUGUGGAGAUCUAGAGCCGUGGGAUGAGACCUAUUUGACAGGAUUGAUGAAAUCUUCUGCUUCCGAGUUGGACUUCUCUGUUGUAUCGUCAUAUUUCCCUUUGUCACAAUGUAUUGAGGGCCUGAAAGUGUUAGCCGAGUCUUUAUUUGGUAUGACAUUUCGUAGUAUCCCUGUAGCACCUGGUGAGACAUGGCAUCCAGAUGUGCUGAAAAUGUCUCUAUAUCAUCCAGAUGAGGGCGACUUGGGGUACUUGUACCUUGAUCUGACUUCAAGGAAGGGCAAGUAUCCUGGCUGUGCACAUUAUACCAUAAAAGGGGGUCGCAGGAUCUCGGAAUCAGACUAUCAACUUCCGGUUGUAGCCCUUGUAUGCAAUUUUUCAGAAUCACGUAAUUCAUCAACAGUAAGGCUAAGCCACUCAGAAGUAGAAACCCUAUUUCAUGAAUUUGGACAUGCCCUACAUUCGUUGCUUUCAAGAACAGAUUACCAACAUUUUUCAGGCACAAGAGUAGCAUUUGAUCUUGCUGAAACACCUUCAAAUUUAUUUGAGUACUAUGCUUGGGAUUACCGGGUGUUGAGGACAUUUUCAAAACACUAUUCAACUGGUGAACCUAUACCUGAGAAAUUGGUGGAGGCGCUGCAUCGAGCCAGAAAAAUGUUUGCUGCAACUGAGUUGCAACGCCAGAUUUUUUAUGCAAUGGUUGACCAAAAAUUUUUCGGGGAAGAAUUGUCUGUUCCAAAGGAUACAGUUGCUAUUUUUAGGGAUUUAAAGAUGCAACAUACAAGCUGGAAGCAUAUGGAGGGCACACAUUGGCACACGCGAUUUACCCACCUACUAAAUUAUGGGGCAGGUUAUUAUACCUACUUAUAUGCCAAGUGCUUUGCUGCAACCAUAUGGCAAAAAAUAUGCAAGGAUGAUCCGCUAUCACGUGCCACCGGGUCUGCAAUUAGAAUGAGAUUAUUGCAGCAUGGUGGAGCCAAAGACCCAGCAGAUCUGUUGAAUGACCUUGCAGGUGAUGGAAUUUUGUCAAAGUUUGGUGGGGAUGUUGUUCCUGAUGUAAGUAGUCUAUAUGGUGAACUGGGAUUGCGGAAGAGGUAACAUUAAGGCAAGAGCCAUCUGUAACAACUUUUAUAGCAACAUUAAUCUGUUAUAUGUAGUCUGUUAUUGUAUCAACAGAUAGGAUGUAGGUAGAUAUUAACGAUUUUGAAUAAUUAUUCUUUUUACAACUGAAAGCAUAAUUCUAACUGGAUAAAAGAAAAUGUAUUUCCAUGUA